AUGGACAUUCAUUUGACUAUUGGGAAUGCCCUCAUUAACAUAAGUAGAAUCGGUUCGCGGGUGGAUAGCAGCAUGAAGAAGGUAUUUGAGAUGAUGCCAACAAGAGAUAUUAUAUCUUGGAACACUGUAAUUGCAGGGAAUGUACAAAAUGGACUUCACGAAGAUGCUUUGGUGAUGGUUAGGGAGAUGGGAAACGCUGGGCUGAAACCCGACAUAUUUACUUUGUCAUCCAUACUUCCUAUCUUUGCCCAAUACGUGGAUGUCGCUAAGGGAAAGGAGAUUCAUGGUUAUGUUAUUAGAUAUGGCUUUGAGAAGGACCUGUACGUUGCCAACAGCUUGAUCAACAUGUACUCGAGGUGUUCUCGAGUGGAAGACUCGAUACGUGUGUUCAAGGUUACUCCUCAACGUUACGCCAUUUCCUGGAACUCAGUUAUUGCUGGUUGCGUGCAUAAUAGUAUGUUUGAUGAAGGCUUAAGGCUUUUUCGACAGAUGUUGAGGGACAAUGUUAUACUAGGUAGCGUUUCAUUCUCGAGCAUCAUGCCAGCUUGUGCUCACUUUACCACAUUGAAUUUGGGAAAGCAGCUUCAUGGAUACAUACUGAGGUGUGGAUUUGAUGAUAAUGUGUUUAUUUCUAGUUCAUUGGUGGAUAUGUAUGCCAAAUGUGGUCAUAUUAGGAUAGCUAGAUGGAUUUUUGACGACAUAAAGGGACGUGACAUGGUAUCAUGGACAACCAUGAUAAUGGGUUUUGAUUUACAUGGUUAUGCUCAAGAUUUCAUCUCGUUAUUCGAGCAGAUGAAAUUGGAAGGAAUUCGACGAAAUCAUGUGGCACUCGCGGCUAUCUUAACUGCUUGUAGUCAUGCUAGCAUGAUCGAUGAAGGUCGAAGAUACUUUGAUCAAAUGACCGAGGAAUAUGGUAUUAGACCAAGGGUCCAUAAGAAUGUCGACUUGGCUGAGAAGGUCGUAACCAAGAUAUUCGAGAUUGAUCUGGAGAAUACCGAUGACCAGUCCCAUCCGCAGCGUGAUGAGAUAAACGAUGCUAUCCGUGAACUGCUAGAGAAAAUGGAGCAAGCGGGGUAUGUUGCUUACACAAGUGAGGUGUCGCAUGAUGUUGAUGACGAGCAGAAGAAGUACUUGUUGUAUGGUCACAGUAAGAGACGUGCAAUAGCAUUUGGCAUCAUGAGCACCCCUGACGGAACAACAAUUCGAGUUAUAAAGAACAUCAAAGUGUGUGUGGACUGCCAUACCGUGAUUAAGUUUAUCUCGGAGAUAGUCGGGAGGGAGAUAGUCGUCAGAGACAGUAGUCGGUUUCACCAUUUCAGAGAUGGCGAGUGCUCAUGUGGAGAUUACUGGUGA